AUGACGGCGCCAGCCCCUGCAGCGUUGCAGGCUCGUGUGCACAAGCUGCUAGGUUCCCGUGCGGAGCUGGAGGCCACCAAGGCACUUCUACGGACACUCGUGACGGAUAAGUCCUCACCUAGCGCGUCACUCGUGCAGCUGGAUGCGUCGGAGACGCCUACUCUCGCGACUCUCCGUCGCAAUUUACGCUCAAGUCUGGAACAUCAACAAUUGGCGCUAGCUCAGAAGGCUCUGGACGGUUUGGAGCGCACGUUAGAACAAGUUUCAAAUCUGGCGAAUCAGGUGGAUGCGCUGGAUACCAAAUGUGACCAUGUUCAUAAAUUCCUGGAGACUACCAAGAGGGAGACGCAACAGGUGCAAACGGAGGCAGCGGCAUUGGCGACCAAAAGAGACAAAGUGCAGGAGGCGUGGAAGGAGACCAAAACGUUUCUAGACCGCUAUCAAUUGACGGAGGAGGAGGUACGUGUGCUGUAUACAGAGAAUCUGGCAGACGAAGACAUGGACGCGUUCUUCAGUACAUUGGAGCGAGUCCGACAAGUCAAAGCGGACUGCAAGGAGCUGGUAGCCACAGGAGAAGUCAACUGCGCUCUGGAGCUGCUAGACGCCGUGGGCAAGUGCCAAGAAGCUGGCUUUGAGAGACUGUACCAGUGGACCGCGAAGAAGUGCGCUGAAGUGGAUGGAGAGCCCAGCAACCUGCUGCAUCGAGCAAUUGCUCUCUUAAGUGACCGCGCCGAGUUCUACAACUACUGCAAGGAAAGUCUGACUGCAUCGCGACGGUCGCUCAUUGUGCGGCGCUUUAUCAUGGCGCUGACUGUGGGAGGCCCGAAUGGCAUCCCGAGACCAAUUGAAAUGCACGCACAUGACCCUGUUCGCUACUGCGGCGACAUGUUGGCGUGGGUGCAUCAGGCUAUUGCGACCGAAAGCGAGUUCUUCCGUGUGCUAUUCGAUGGUGACGUCGAGUUCAGUCCUUCCGUCUGCGCCUCCAUGGUCGGACGUGCGUUUGACGGUGUAGCGAGACCGCUGCAGGUGCGUGUGGAGCAGACGCUGAGCUCUCCACACGGCAUCGUCAUCGCCUACAAGUUGGUGCACCUGCUGGCGUUCUACCACCACAAGUUCGACCAACUUGUCGCUCACUCGGACGUCGCCCGGGCACUGCGUCACUGCCGUGACGCUGCAAACGAAGCAUUCCAUCGCCAAUUCCAGCAACUCGUGGACGCCGUCGCAGCCUCAGCUCAAAACUACGCGGCAAGUCUGGCAGCUACACACGUCACACUUGACGUCUCGCACCGUUUGGUGGCACUACUCGAAGUGUUUCAGACUUCGCUCUUGCCGGAACAAGAGAAGGAAGCCGAUCUAGCGCCACUCUUCGACGGCAUUCUACCGGCAUUGGAGCUCAUGUGCCAGCGCAGCGUCGCAGCUCUCGAUCCGGUGGACGCGUUGGUGUUCCGGAUCAACAACUUCAGCUGUCUACAAGCCCCUCUGGCUCGGUUUCCCGAAGUGAACAAGUGGUAUUCUGAAAUGGGUCUAGAUUUAGAACGUUGGCUGCGGGAUCUGAGCGAGUUACAGGUCACGCGCGUGUUGGAUCGAUGUCGCGUGUCGACAUUGUUGCAACAUAUUCAGAACUUCCAGCAGAGUCACGCUACAAACCCCAGCACUUCGCCCACAGACACGCCAGGUCUAGACGGCGAGACGGUCACGCGAGUCAUGGGAGACUUCUGCGCGGCGCUCAUGACGCUCAUGUUCCCGCAGCUCGACAGUCUGGCACAGCCGGCACUCGCAGACAAGGCCCGGACGCUCACGUCGGCGACACUUGCCGGCACCUACGCGUUCGUCUACGAGUUCGUGUUCGACGCGAGACAUGGCUACAUCCCUGGCAAUGAUCCUACGUCGUCGUCGUCCUGGUCCACAGCGGAGCGGAGUCGUCGUGUCGCCCUGCAACAUUCACCUGAAGAAAUCCGUACCGUGCUGGAACUCGACUCCAAGUAA